AUGUCGCCCGUCGGCUCCGAAGCGAAGCUGUCCGAACAGGAAGAGUCGCAGCUCUCGGCACCUCCUCCUCUCAGCGACCUGGACAGCUCCGACAGCGACAGCGAGCCGGAAUCAAAAGAUGCGGGACAGGAGACGGAAGCCGAAGCCGUAGAAUGGCUCGCCACCUCACGAUCGCGCCGGGCCACGGCUGGCAAUCGCAUGAAGUCGAUGCUCGCCAACGAAGAGCCGGAUUCCGACCUCGAGCUGCUAUUCGCCGAAUCCGAGAACGACCAGGGCUUCUCCGACGUCGGAGACGAUGCUUCUGACGUCCAGAUGGACUCGUCAUCCGACGACGAGGACGAGAAUAAUGCUGGCGACGAUCUCGAGGGCGAACAGGAGCUCGAGCGACAGGCUCGGGAGCGGCGCGCAGCCCAGCGGAAGCGAAAGGCCCAAGAUGCCAUCCCGGCCAAGUUCAGGAAAAAGGUCCGCAUCAACCCGGCAGCUUCGGACACGUCGACGCCGGCUCCUGCGCCUCGACCCAAGAAGAAAUCCGAGCGCACGUCGUGGCUGCCCUCUCCGGCCGAUCUUCCCACUCGAGCAUCCUCUCGAAAGACGACACGCAUGUCCAAAGAGCAGCUGCACCAGCAAAUGAUUGAGCGAGAAGAGCGGCGGCUGAAGCAGCUGGAGCAGAUGCAGAAAAAGGCGGCCAAGAUGGAGGCACUGAAGAAGCCCCCCAUGACGCAGGAGGAUCGGCUUCGCGAGGCUGCCAUCGUGGAGAAGCGCAAUAGCAAGAGCUUGAAUCGAUGGGAGGUGGCUGAAAAGCAGAGGGAAGAGGAGCGAAGGGCAAAACUAGCGGCUCUCAACCAGAGAACCCUCAAGGGUCCGGUGAUUACAUUUUGGACGGGUCUGGGCGAGGCGCGACGUGUUGUCAUAGAGGAGGAGAAGCCGAAGAGGAGGAAGGUAGAGAAGAAGCCCAAAGAAGCCGAAGCUGUGAAGGAUGACGCUGCCAACCCAGCAGCGGAUAAGCAUGGCAAAGGAGACCAGCAACAGACGGACGCUUCAGCGAAGGUAGCAGCUGGUAGUGAUGCGAAUGCCUCUGCCCUCCAGCCCAAGGCAGAUCCUACUGAGCCGCGGUCAAGGGAAGAACAAGCAGCAGCAGUAACCGAAAGCAAAGCCACGGACACAACGCCUCCUGUGAAGCAAGAAGACACUGGGGAGAAUCUUCAACCUCAAGAGCCCUUGAAGCCAUCUCCAGACGCAUCAUCACGGCCCCCUAACGAUGCUGUUCCUCCUGCCGCUGCCGCUACUACCGGCUCUUCAGGUCCCAGCACUCUCGCUGCCCCGUCUAGUGUUCUCUCUCCUCCUUCUGCUCCCCAUGCAGUUACAACCUCCACCGUUGCAAAGCCAUCUGAAGAGCUCCGCCAGCCAUCAGUAGCCUCACCUCCACCACCACCUCCGUCUCAUAGUGGUCUGGCUGCACCGGCGGCCGCCUCACCCUCUGGACCACCUCGCCAGAUGUCACCGUUGGCGGCGCCCGCUGGCAUUGGCAGCCCGCGACCUAUAGAGGCCAGCAAGCCAUCCUCUGUAUUGGCGCCCCCUAUGCUUGCCCCUCCGCCAGUCAUGAGCAUGGACUAUCGCCCCAGCUCGGCACCGAAAUCCAACGUCCUUGCGCUUCCGUUACCUCAGACCACUCUAGCACCCCCAAUACAGGGUCAGACUCCCCCUGUUCCCCUGGCUGGUGCUGUUCACAUCUCAAACGAGCCCGUUCUUCGACACACCGUUCUACGACCUAUCAAUCCCGAUCUCGAACCGAUCAGCAAAUCGGCAAGCCCUAGCCUUUCAGAGCCACCUUCGCAGCCUGCUCCUGCUCCGGCUGAGGUCCCUGAAGCCCCUGAGACUACCACUCGCAACGUCAUCAUCUUUCAGAACUUUGAUUCGAAUGCCAUUCAAGACAAGACUAUACAGACUCAGAUAUUGUUUGGCCGCAAGAUGACGAAGCUCAAUAAACCCCCUUCUAGUCAGAACUGUGUCAUUACAAACCUUCCAGCUCGUUACCGUGACCCCGAGACCGGGUUGCCGUACCACAACGUCGCUGCCUAUCAGGAGCUCCAGCGUAUCAAGCGCGGAGAACUGAGCUGGAGCGCAAUUCUCAACGCCUGGGUAGGCAGUGAGAAGGUGGCUGCCCGCGGCGUACCAGCAAGAUUCCUCGACCCAAAUGCUCCCACCAAGUCUCCCGAAGAGCGGGAAAAGGAAAGGUUGGCUCAGAUAAGGGCUGUUCCGCCGCAGCCUCAACCUGUGCAAGUCCAGCAGCAGCAUCAGGGGCCGCCGGCGGCAGUCGUGGCAGCAGCUCAUAAAUCACCUCAUGUUCAGCAACAUGUACAGCAACUGCAACAGUCUCAGGCUCAGAGACCGUCAUUACCUCAACAGCAUCGCCCUCAACUGCCUUUACACCAGCAGCUAGCAAAGCCCCAGCAGUUACAGGCACCGCAACAGCUCCAAAACCGACCAGCUUCAAAUCUGCAAGCUCCAAUACCGCAGCCGUCGGCGCCCAGUACGGCCCCCACUGUGCCUCCAACACUCGCUCCUCCACAGCAGUCCCCUCUCAAAGUACCAGCGCCACAGCCGGUGCAGAUAUUACCGCCUCCGGCUAUUCAAAGCCCUGCUCAAGCCGCAGUCCCCUCUCCUCAAGCUCCAUCUCAACCUCAACCUGAACUUCAGCCCCAAGUUCAGCCUCAAAAAGAACCUGCAGCUGAGCCGCAAAUGCCUCCUGUUCCACAACAGGGGGUCCAGGCAGCGGCCACUUCCACACAAUAA